AUGUUUUCUUUUUUCCACCCGCUGCCCUCUCGCUGUCCAUUUCCCCCCUCCCAUGUCUUUAUUCGCCCGUCUUCCCGCCCCUCAGCGGGGUUUGUGAAGUCGCCCCUGUCUGAGACUAAGCUGACGGGCGACACGUUUGAGCUGUACUGUGAUGUUGUGGGGAAGCCCACACCUGAGAUCCAGUGGUGGUACGCGGAGGUGAACAGAGCCGACAGCUUCUUCCAGCUGUGGGAUGGAGCGCGCAGGCAACGCGUGUCCAUCAACACGGCGUACGGCGUCAAUGGCGUGAGCGUGUUAGCCAUCACUCGCGUCACCAUCGAGGACUCUGGGAUUUAUGAGUGCAGGGCCAGUAACGACCCACGGCGUAACGAUUUGCGCCAGAAUCCGUCCACUACCUGGAUACGAGCCCAGGCAACAGUUACCGUGUUGCAGAGUGAGUUAAAAUGUCCCCGCUAGUGGAGUAGCCCAAAUAAACCGUCCACCCCCUUCAUUGUGCCUCCAUUUAGAGUUGUACCUUGGCCAGCGUUUGCUGUAGUGGAUCUUCCGCUUCCUCCUCCUUUUGUUUUAGUUUAUAACAGGAGUAUGAAGUGGUCAGAGCAACAUCCUAUUACAUUACUCUUGCCCUUGUAGCUGCUACAUAUACAGACAGUGACCUAUUUCUGUAGUCAAACAGCCCUUAUUGAGUGGAAAAUGUCCUUGUCCUCCUUAUUAAGAUAUUUUUAGGGUUUGACCAUGAUUAUAUUUACAAAAUUAUUAAUUAUGUUCGUUUCUGUUAAGGUACAGUAGAUAUAUGUUUUCCAGUGUCCUUUGGGAAUUCCUAUCCUGUAGUCUUGUAUCAUAUACGGUGGAGUCCAGAAGGUUGAGAUCACUAUGUGAAUUCAGUAUUAAUUAUACAGCCAUAAUUUAGUUUUAUGUGACAAAGAUGAGCUGAAGCGGGGUUGCUAUCACGAACAAAACAUUUCCGUUACCUGAAAUAAAAUGUUAAUUGAAAUAAAAUGCAAAAUAUAAUUACUUUAGCUAGUAGUAGCUUCCAAAGCGACGUUUUUAAUUUUAAUUCUAAAACUGAUAAAUGAAUAAGAGCUAAUAAAUACAAAUGUAAAAGGCAAAUAUGCUGAAACUAAAAAUUAAAGAGAAACCGAAAAAUUUAAAUAAAACGUUCAAAUCAUUAACAAAUACUAAAGUAGUGUACAAGUAAGACUAUAAUAAUAAUGUAGUUUACAUUUCAGGAUUUAGUAUUUGGUUUAGAAUCUUAGAUGUUUAUCAUACAUUUUAUAUUAUAAUGUUUUAUUUUAAAAUGUGGAAAAAAAACUUUUUGGACCCCACUGGAUAUAAAUGUUUUACACACACAGUCGCACACGUAUUUUGUGUUUGUGAGUGUGUUUGUGUUUCGUCUUCAGUCAGUGUGAUGUAGUAUUUCUCUGGCCUUGACUG